UGCGAGACUCUCCGACAGGCUCGGAGGGUGAUUGGGAGAAAAGGGGGCAGUGGAGGGCUUGUCAUGGGGAUCCGAGCUACGAGACGGCUUUGGUAGCAUCUGGGGACUCCGAGGGGGGCAGGAAGUGUCAACGCCCGGCACCCCGGCGCGAGCUCCGCUUGGGGGAUCCCCGCUGCUCUAGUCCUGGGGAGGGAGGGCAAAAAGGAGGGAGCCCAGAUCUCGCCCCGCCCCUGGGCUUGUUACCACGGGGGCGGGGAGUGAGGGCUUCUUUUUGGGGGAGUGGAGAUCAGGGGACUCGGCUGUGCCCUCCUAAGCGACGGCCGGUGUGCCCGCGGCGCCGGGCUGCGGAGCAGAGGGGCCGCGGCGGCCGCGGCUGUUGCAUGUGUGGCUGCUGGAUGCGGAGGCGGCGGCGACGGCGGCGGCGAGGGGCAGCAGCGGCGGCAGGAUGUUAGGGCAGCAGCAGCAGCAGCAGCAGCAACUCUACUCGUCCGCGGCGAUUCUGACCGGGGAGCGGAGCCGGCUCCUCACCUGCUACGUGCAGGACUACCUCGAGUGUGUGGAGUCGCUGCCCCACGACAUGCAGAGGAACGUGUCUGUGCUGCGGGAGCUGGACAACAAAUAUCAAGAAACAUUAAAGGAAAUUGAUGAUGUCUAUGAAAAAUAUAAAAAAGAAGAUGAUUUAAACCAGAAGAAACGCCUACAGCAGCAUCUCCAGAGAGCAUUAAUCAACAGCCAGGAAUUGGGAGAUGAGAAAAUUCAGAUUGUCACCCAAAUGCUCGAAUUGGUGGAAAACCGGGCCAGGCAAAUGGAGCUACACUCGCAGUGUUUUCAAGACCCUGCCGAAAGUGAGCGAGCCUCAGACAAAGCCAAAACGGAUUCCAGCCAACCAGAAAGAUCGUCCCGGAGACCCCGGAGACAGCGGCCCAGUGAAAGCCGUGAUUUGUGCCACAUGACCAAUGGCAUUGAAGACUGUGAUGACCAGCCGCCCAAGGAGAAGAAAUCCAAGUCAGCCAAGAAAAAGAAGCGCUCCAAGGCCAAGCAGGAGAGGGAAGCUUCUCCUGUCGAGUUCGCAAUAGAUCCCAAUGAACCUACGUACUGUUUAUGCAACCAAGUGUCUUACGGGGAGAUGAUCGGAUGUGACAAUGAACAGUGUCCAAUCGAGUGGUUCCACUUCUCGUGUGUUUCACUGACCUAUAAACCAAAGGGGAAAUGGUACUGCCCAAAGUGCAGGGGGGAUAAUGAGAAAACGAUGGACAAAAGUACUGAAAAGACGAAAAAGGAGAGAAGGUCGAGGUAGUAAAGGCCAUCCACAUUUUAAAGGGUUGUCUUUUAUAUAAUACUUUCAGGAUUUCCUUUCAGAAAAUGUUUUAGGGUAAAUGCAUAAGACUAUGCAAUAAUUUUUAAUCAUUAGUAUUAACGGUGUAUUAAAAGUUGUUGUACUUUGUCUGUGACCUUAAUUUUCUGCACUGAGUUACCAAAUACUUCAAACCAGGUAGUCUGUAGAGCACCCGAUGGAAGGGGCAGGAAGUAGGGAGAGGGCGGCGUGAGCACUAGAAACACUUCACAAGCCAUGCCUCGUUCAUUUCACCUAAUAUGCAAUGCUGUUUUGGGGGGUUAAUACCAAAGUUUUGUUAGCAUUUUGGUUCUGCACACUUGAAACAAUUUAGAUAAUAGGUGGAGUACUCUGCAAGCAUUAGAAUUGCCAUGGGCAUUUAAAGUGCGCUCGCUGCACACCUGUUAAGAGCCGCCUUCCCCCAGCCCCACGUAGACACGCACUCGUUCACCCGGAGUCUUCCAGCAUCCAGGGGGGCCGGAGAGAGCGAUCUGGGGUUCCGCGUGGAACGAUGUGCUCUUCAGUAGAGGGUUUGCUGCUGUCUUUUCAUGAGCGGCAUUCCGAUGCACCGUCAGCAGCCCGUUUGCAGAUGCCUUGCAGGUGUAUCCUAUCUAAUGCUUAACGAGGGGGUUGCGUGUUGUUUUCAUGGGAACGGGUAAGGGGAGUUACAGUACCAAAAACGCUGCCAUCGGCUUAUAUUGGCAAAAUUUGGGUUAUGUAGGAUCAUGGGUCAAGGUUGAGCAAUUUCAGAAAAUGCGUCUUAUUUAAUAUUUUCUACACUGACCCACUGCUGGGAGGCCUAGACACAGGCCUGUCGCUGGGAAAAGGGCAUAUACUAAUCUUUAAAUGUUGCCUUUAUGUCAAACAGUAGCUUACAUAAUUUUGCUAUUGGCUAUAUAGUUCAUUUCUGUCCCAAUCAGUGAUUAUAUAUUAAGUAACACUGUAUUUACUUUCUUCUUAACUUUCUGGUAUUGGUGCUGUUUGAUGUCUUCACGUUUAAUGAACUAAUUUCAUUAUAACAAUGCAAUUAAUAAUGUAUUUGUAAAUUGAAUUUUCCAAAAUCCUAAUAUUUUAAGGGUAAGCAUCUUGAUGGGUAUUAUGUCCAUAUACGCAGAGAAUUUGGGGGUUUUUGGCGGGGAGGGGGCAGCGGAUUGGCCAGUCCUUUAGAUCUGUGUGUAACAUACUUUUUAUUCCUCAUUUCUUCCCAAUCUGGUGAUCUUGAUUCUUUUUGAUUAACAUGUGAAAAAUUCUGUCUGCUUAUUUGGAAAAAAAAAUUGUUUUUUUUCUCUUCUAGCUCUCCUGUGUGACUUUUACGCAUGUCAUCUCUCCUCACCGGGGGGUCAGGCCGACCAUGUGUGUGCGGCGGGAGGUGGGCUUACGUGUCCCCGAGGUUCUUUUGGAAUCCACAGAAUUUUCCCUGUAGUGAGGAUGUAAAGAGUCAAGUGACUUGAUUUGCUCUUUCAUUAACUUUGUCCUUUAUUCUGAAGUAUGAAGACACUUUAAAGGCGAGCUUAGAGACAGGUGAAUGCACAACAUUUGAUUAACUUCCGUCCUGGGGAUAUUUUGAUUGAUGCCUGGAGCUUAUUAUUAUUACUUCUUGAGCAAGGAAUAUGAGCAUGAUGAAGAAGUUAUUUUAUUGUAACUUGUUGAGUAUAAAAUGCUUUUCUCUCUUGAGAGGAUAGCAUUUUGUGUUAGUAAUCACAUCCUUGUUACCAGGAGAGCGCUAUUUACCCGAUGCCAUGAAAACUGUGAGUAUGUGCC